ACAGUCACUUGUUUCAGAGAACUUAUAUCAGGUUUAAGGCACUCUCAGUGAAACCUGUAAUAACUUAGAGAUAAGAAAGCAGACGGAUCGAUCAGUUUAAGGAUGGUAGACUUCUGGUGCCAAAAGUGGAAGCUGCCACUAUUGUUGUGUCUCACAGGACUGCUGCAGUGGGAUCUGUGCAGUGGUCAGAUUCAGGUCCAGAUCCAGGAAGGUCCUCUGUAUAGAGUGAAAGGAUACCCCAUCUCCAUAUCCUGUAACACAACAGGGUUUACAGGACCAUCUGAGCGGGAUUUUGAUUUCAUUCUCAAGAAACAAAAUAUGGAGAUAAAUAUAAUCAGUACCAGUAAAGAAGACUUUUCCUACGGAAUGUUCUCCGGUAGAAUAAGAAAUAAAGAGAUUUAUGUUGUAAGGCUGUCAGGAUCUUCAGUUGUCUUGUGGAUCAAAGAUUUGCAGGAGAGUGAUGCAGGUGAUCUGCUCUGUGCAACCCUACACACAGGUGGUGCAUAUUACGGAGAUUAUGAUGAUGAAGCAAAGCUUAAUGUGAUAGCAGACACCCUGGAGGCAUCGUACUCGGGCUCUCCUUCUCAGAGCUUGUCUGAAGGGGAUCCUCUUCAGCUUGAGUGCCAGGUCUCCAGCCAGACUUUUCAACACACUCAUCUGUCAGUCACCUGGUUUCUUCAUGAUGAAGAUGAUAAAAACCCACGGCCAAUCAUUACUCUGGACAAAGAUCUGACUGUAAAGCCAGGAGCUGGAUUUGAGGAUCGCUAUCGUGCUGGUCUUAUCAGCAUGGAUAAGGUGGAGGACACAACCUACAGACUGAAGAUGCCUCAAGUGCAGCAGUCCGACCAGGGGAAGUUCUUCUGCAAAGCCAUUGAGUGGAUCCAAGACCCAGACCGUUCCUGGACACAGAUUGCCCACAAAACCACCACGGCAUGCGAUGUAGAGAUUAAACGAAUUGAAGUGGCCCCUGAAGCUGGUUCCUUCAGUGUUAAUCUGAAGGCUUCAAAGGGGCCACUACAGGAGGGAGACGCACUGGACAUCCGCUGCAGUGUGAAUGCACAGAACCUUCCUGGUCACUUCUUCUCUGUGACUUGGCUGAAGGACCAGCAGAGAGUGGCCCAGAUCGGAUCCUCUGGGGUGCUCACCGUUUUCGACAGUUAUAAAGAGCGAGAGAAUGCAGCGGAGAUGAUAGCAGUGAAAACCAGUCACAUGGACUACCUUCUGACCAUCCGUUCGGCUCGGACUGAGGACCUCGGCCAAUACCAGUGUGAAGUGUGGCAGGAAAACAUGAAUGCAGAUGGCACCUUCAAAAAAUUACAAAAACAAAUGUCCAGUCCAGAGACUGUGAGCAUCACGGCUAAAGAGAGUAAUCUAGCGGUGGUCAUGCUGAUGAAGGAAGCGGUCACUGAGGGAGAUGCACUACACGUCUCCUGCUCAGUGUCGGGAUUCAAGGGUCCUUUAUCAGUGUCAUGGCAACACAAGAAGGACCCGGGGGCUUCCUUCAGUGAUGUCGUUAGUGUGACCCAUGAGGGAGUGAUGAAAGAUGUUGGGGCAAGGUAUCAGAGCAGAAAUGUCCAAACAUUUCAUUCUCCAGCGGGAAACUUUACUCUACAGCUUGGUGCAUCUUCAGUAUCUGACAGCGGAGAAUAUAAGUGCAUUGUGUCUGAAUGGACAGUACAGAGCAAUGGAGAGAUGAAAGCCAUCACCCAAUCUCAGCAAAAAGCCAUUAAAGUUAAUUCUGUUGAAUCUCUAAUGGUGGUGAGCUUGACAAGUCGUACAUCAAAUGUACCUAUAGAUUCUUCAGUACAAUUGCUAUGUCGAGUCAGAGUGCCUAAAGUGUCUUUGGCUCUACGCUGGAUGUUUCAGCCCCACAAUUCCACUGUUCAAACAAAUAUUUUAUCCAUCAGUCACACUGGAGAAAUGGAAUGGAGAGCAGAUCAGAGAAACUAUCAGCUGAACAUUCAAGCACAGCCGGGAGACACUCGUUUCACUCUCAUGGUGCCGAGAGCCAGCAAACAACAAGAAGGACAGUACCAGUGUCAAGUUGAUGCCUAUCAAAAGGAUGUACAGAAAGCCUUUAAGAACUCCAACCUGUUAGCUGUGAUUGUACACAAACCUGACAGCAAGAUGAGCCUGUUCUCACCCACUUCUCGUCUGGAAACCACUGUCGACACUGAUGCUAAACUUGAAUGCUCAGUCACGAGGACAACCACAAAUACGUCUCGUUUCACAGUAACAUGGAUGUUUGGGUCCCAGGUGCUCUUAACUAUGGACCUAGAUGCUGUUGUCAAGUUUGGCCCUGCAGCCGGCCUAGAGAUGGACCAGAGGAUCCGUUUGGAAAUAAGACAGAAACAGAACUUCCAGAUGACUAUCCAGCAGGUCAGAACAUCUGACAGUGGACAAUAUCACUGUGAGGUGGAAGAGUGGCUCCAGGAUCCUCUUGGUGACUGGUAUUCCCUCAAGAAAAUGUCUGUUACCACAGAGCUGGUUGUCAAAGAGAAAGCCAGUGAUUUCAAAAUGAAUAAAGCUGACACUCAGUUGAAGGUUGAAGAGGGAAAGCAGGUAAAGUUGAAAUGCUCAGUGGAGGGCAUUGGGUCUGAUCCCACUCUUCGUUACUCCCUUACCUGGAUGUUUAACCAAUACCAGUCCUCCAGUUCUGCACUUCUGACAUAUAGCCAUGAUGGCCUUCUGAAGUACAAAACCUUUGACUCGGAGCUUGUGGGACGACUUCACUUCUACACCCCAGAAGUGGGUGUCUUUCACUUGACUAUCCAUAGAUCCAUCCAGGAAGACAGGGGGCGCUACUACUGUGAAGUUCAACAGUACCAGCUGGACUGUAAAGGUCAAUGGUCACUUAAGGCAAGGGACAAGUCAGGUUUUACCAAUGUUACUGUUCAGCUUAUAGAGAACAAACUGCAGGUUAACAAGGAGGAAAAAAGCCUGACCAUUACUAAUCUACAAGCAGGGUUCACCAUUGACUGUGUCAUUAAAUCACGGUCCAGUGAUACAUCUGUGUUUGAGGUGACUUGGUCCAGGGGUCUGAUAAAUGAACGACCUGUCAUCAUCUUCAAUGCCAGCCGUGAUGGUACCUUACACAGUGCAAUCGAUGAUAAAGAGCUGGUGUUUGGACGCCCAAGUGCCAUGCGCUAUAAGCUGACAGUGCCAAACGUCAAACCCACUGAUACUGGCCUUUACCACUGUCAGGUUGUUGAAUGGAUUCAGACAGCUGCAAAUAAGUGGAGAAGUAUAGGUCAAGACAUAUCUGGGAAGAUAUCUGUCCAUGUUGACACUGAGGAUCAACAAAAAAAUGUCAGCUUUACCAUGGACAAGGAAGACAAUAAUCUUGAUAUCAAAGAAGGAGAGAAGUUUGAUCUUGAAUGCUCCCUGAAUGUAGAAAAAGAUGACCCUACUCAUCACUACAGUCUCAGAUGGGUGUUUAAUAGACCAGGGUCAACUAGUGGGAUACCAUUACUGUCCUACUCUCAUGAUGGUCGUCUACAGUACCAUACAGAGUAUCAGGACAGGUUACACUUCUCCAGACCUAAUUCUGAUACUUUCCAUCUGGCAGUAUUAAACUCUGAUAAAGCUGAUAGUGGAAGCUACCAGUGCAGAGUUGAGCAGUACCAGCAUGAUUGUUAUGGCCAGUGGAAACAAAUGGCACGUGCCCAGUCAGGCACUACUACAGUCACAGUUCGCAGUAUCGAAAGUAAACUGCGUGUUCAGAAGGACAAUCAAAUGCUCAACAUUACAAAUCAUCAGACUUCAUUCACCAUUGACUGUGUCAUUGACUCACAAUCCAGUGAUACAUCUGGCUUUGAGGUCACCUGGUUCAAGGUUCAGGAAGAAGGACCACUCACCAUGUUCUCUGCCAGGCGUGACGGUACCUUACACAGUGCAAUUAGCGAGAAAAACCUUUUGUUUGGACGACCACUUGCCACACACUUUAAACUGACUGUGCCACAGAUCAGCUUCACUGAUAUGGGGCAAUACUACUGUCAGGUUGAGGAGUGGCUUCUAACUGCUAACACUUGGAAGAAAUUGUCUUCAGAUAAAUCUGGAGAGCUCUCCAUCUACGUUCACACUGAAGAAAGUAAACUGCAUGUUCAGAAGAACAAUCGGAUGAUCAACAUUACAAACGAUCAGACUUCUUUCACCAUUGACUGUGUCAUUGACUCACAAUCCAGUGAUACGUCUGGCUUUGAGGUCACCUGGUUCAAGGUUCAGGAAGAAGGACCACUCACCAUGUUCUCUGCCAGGCAUGACGGUACCUUACACAGUGCAAUUCCUGAUAAAAAUCUUCUGUUUGGACGACCACUUGCCACACACUAUAAACUGACUGUGCUACAGAUCAGCCCCACUGAUAUUGGGCAAUACUACUGUCAGGUUGAGGAGUGGCUUCUAACUGCUAACACCUGGAAGAAAUUGGCUUCAGAUAAAUCUGGAGAGCUCUCCAUCUAUGUUCACACUGAAGAAAGUAAACUGCGUGUUCAGAAGAACAAUCGGAUGAUCAACAUUACAAACGAUCAGACUUCUUUCACCAUUGACUGUGUCAUUGACUCACAAUCCAGUGAUACAUCUGGCUUUGAGGUCACCUGGUUCAAGGUUCAGGAAGAAGGACCACUCACCAUGUUCUCUGCCAGGCAUGACGGUACCUUACACAGUGCAAUUCCUGAUAAAAAUCUUCUGUUUGGACGACCACUUGCCACACACUAUAAACUGACUGUGCUACAGAUCAGCCCCACUGAUAUUGGGCAAUACUACUGUCAGGUUGAGGAGUGGCUUCUAACUGCUAACACUUGGAAGAAAUUGGCUUCAGAUAAAUCUGGAGAGCUCUCCAUCUAUGUUCACACUGAAGGUGAUUCUGAAAAACAGACAGACCCGUUGGGAACAGCACUGGGAGUCACCAUUCCUCUGAUUUGCUUUCUUGUAUUGGUCAUAAUAUUGUUGUUGAUAAAGGAUCACAAGAGGGAUUCUGAACUGAAGAAGAAGAAAGAGUGUCUGUGGGCUGAAAAUAACCCCCUUACUCCUCUACCUGAGAGGACUUGUGCUACAGAGGAUUAUUCCUAGUAUUAGUGCAGUAAUAUGCAAUUACAUACCCAAAAUGUUGUUACUGAGGGAUAUCUAUUUUCUAUUAAGUUAACUUACCCCUACAUUUAAGGAUAAUGUAUUUGCAUUGCUAUAAAUCCAUUUAUUAUGAGGCAAGAUAAGAAGAAUAUUUAAACCAGUGUUUCUGAUCAGCAUGACAGAUGUAACAGGCUUGUCUUUACAGUUUGAGCCUCUCUUGAGUUUAGUUUUUUGUACUCCUAACUGUUUAUUAAUCUCUCCUGAAAACAUAUUUCAUGUACCGUAGAUUGCAUUUUACCUCGUUUAGUUUUGCUCUUUGUUUUUUGACAAUGAUAAUAUCAUGCAACCUCUCAAUGCUAAUUUCUGCUGAGUGAAAGAAAAAAAAAAUGUGCCAGCAGUUUGUUUGUUUGCACAGUCUUUGAAGUCAACAUAAAAACAUAUAAGAAACAUGUUCUCCAAUUUUUUUUUUUUUUUGUUGUAUUACUACUAUCAUAACAGAACUACAUUUUUUUUUACUUGGUUUUUGCCGUUGUAAUUGCAUAUUAAUUGUGCUGUAUACAUAACACGGCUCUAAAACAAUAGAAGUUAUAGUUCUGAUGAUGCCAUAUUUUCAAUUGAAUGCAGUUCAGUUUAUGAUAUUUACUUUUUCACUUGUUUUACUUAUUCACGGGCAGUUCAAAAGUAACAGCAAUCACCGCACAUGCUGUGUAGACAUUUCCAUGGUAGACGGGAAGUCAAGAUGCUCUGAGCAGAUCUGUUUAGCAAUCACAAUGCAGUGGUUGUGGGGUUUUUUUUUUUUUGCUCAAGACUGUUGGUCUGAUCUCACAAUGAAGUCAAAGAGGAAAAUGCUUUCUUUGCAAAAGCACGAUGCAUGACUGAAACCACUAAAUGACAUUUGGUUUUUAAAGCCAGUUUACUGUCACUUUUUUGCCAUGGGAACCCUGUACAGAAGGAAGCCAUGUCAUGGUUUAUGAUAAAUGUGUGUAGUUUUUAAAUGUGUUUUGUGAUGGAUUUAAUUAUCUGUUUAACCCUCUUCAGUCAAAGUAUGGUACUGCAUCUAAAUAAAAGCUUGUCUGAGA